AUGAAACGAAAGCUGGAUGAAAAGGGUGUUCCAUCGCCCGUGAAGGGCGACAUUGAAGCGUCCAGGAAUGCCGGAUUUGAGUCUCUUGGUCUGGACACUCGCCUACUGCAAGCAAUUGCCAAAGAAGAUUUUGUGGGCCCCACUGAAGUUCAGGCAAAAGCAAUACCUCUAGCACUUUCUGGCAAAGACAUUUUAGCUCGGUCCAAGACUGGUUCCGGUAAAACAGCUGCUUACGCGUUGCCCGUAUUGCAGUCAAUUCUGCGAAAAAAAGGUGGAGACAAAAACAAGAAAAGUGUUUCUGCUCUCAUCUUGGUGCCCACAAAAGAGCUUGCGCAACAAAUUACGAAGGCUGUCACAAGUCUUGCCGCAUUCUGUGCCCAGGAUGUUCGGACUAUCAAUUCUACCCAGAAUGUGCCUGAGGCUGUUCAGAGAACACAGCUUGCAGAACUGCCGGACAUCGUGGUGACGACGCCCUCACGCGCUGCAAACCAUCUGAACGAUGGUGCCCUCACCGUUGAAAGUCUUACACACUUGGUGGUAGACGAGGCCGAUCUUGUACUCUCGUAUGGAUAUGAGGAAGAUUUCAACGUGAUUGCAAAGGCAAUACCGAAAGGUGUGCAAACAACGUUAAUGAGUGCGACCCUCACGACUGAGGUAGAUACACUCAAAGGAUUGUUCUGUCGAGAUCCUAUUGUAUUGGACCUGAAAGAGAAGGAGAGUGAUGCCGGAGGAGUUUCCCAAUACGUCGUUAGAUGCUCCGAAGACGAGAAAUUCCUCUUCGCUUACGUCGUCUUCAAGCUCAAGUUGAUAAAAGGAAAAUGUAUCAUAUUUGUUGCAGAUAUCGAUCGAUGUUAUCGGUUGAAACUAUUCUUCGAACAAUUUGGCAUCAAGAGCUGUAUACUCAAUUCAGAGCUACCCGUGAAUACAAGAAUACAUAUUGUUGAAGAGUUCAACAAGGACGUCUACGAUAUCAUCAUAGCCUCAGAUGAACACGAAGCUUUGGGACAAAAGACAGUGAGUCGAAAGGACGACAACGACGGACUUGAUCGUAAUGGCGAAUCGGCGACGAAUGGCAAUGCGGAGGAAGGGGAAGAUGACGAGACAUCAACGAAGAGGAGAAAACGCCAGAAAGGGUCAAAGAAAGCCAAGGAGUACGGUAUCUCGCGCGGCAUCGACUUCCGCAAUGUAGCCUGCGUCCUAAACUUCGAUCUACCGCUAUCCUCAAAUUCCUACACGCACCGUAUCGGCCGCACAGCCCGCGCUGGAAAAAGCGGCAUGGCAUUGAGCUUUGCCAUACCAGAAGACCAAUAUCGAAAAACAAAGACCCUCUUCGUGCCCUCUACCAGACUUGACGAAAAGGUCCUGGCUUCAAUCACCGAGGACCAGAAAACGAAAGGCAAAGAAGUGAAACCCUACAAUUUCGAUAUGAAACAGGUCAAUGUCUUCAAAUAUCGAAUGAACGACGCCCUUCGCGCGGUCAGCAGCGUGGCCAUUAGGGAGGCAAGAACGAGAGAAUUGAAGCAAGAGCUCCUGAAGUCGGAGAAGCUGAAACGGCAUUUCGAGGAGAAUCCGCAGGAUCUGAAAAACUUGAAGCAUGAUAGCGAUCUACGCCCAGCAAGGGUACAGCAACAUUUGAAGCAUAUCCCAGACUAUCUCAUGCCGAGCGGUGGAGCGCAGGCGAUGGUCAAGGAUGUAGGCUACGUAGGGUUGAGGAAGGACGGGCCCGAGAACCGGAUUAGGAGGAUACGAGCUAUGAAAAGAGGUAGAGGCGGAAAAAACAAGCAAAGUGGAAAGGGAAGAAAUCCAUUGAAGACCUUCCGUGUUGGGGGCAAGAAAUGA